UUGAAAAUAACGUAGACUACUGGGGUGCUGACAUCAGGAACUUCCGAAGCAAGGGUCUCCGAGAUUGUUACAACAACUGUAGAAAACAGAAAGGUUGUGCCUCUUUCACAAUGCGCAAGAGAGACAGUUACUGUUGGUUGAAGAAGAAACACAACGGAGCCAGGAGGUUGACCAAUAAAAGACAUCUCUUAAGUGCUAACAUGGUUCUAGCAAAACGUACUGGCAAUGCCAACUCUCUGAACUCAAGGACUGAAGCCCGUGUUGAAAAUAACGUAGACUACUGGGGUGCUGACAUCAGGAACUUCCGAAGCAAGGGUCUCCGAGAUUGUUACAACAACUGUAGAAAACAGAAAGGUUGUGCCUCUUUCACAAUGCGCAAGAGAGACAGUUACUGUUGGUUGAAGAAGAAACACAACGGAGCCAGGAGGUUGACCAAUAAAAGACAUCUCUUAAGUGCUAACAUGGUUCUAGCAAAACGUACUGGCAAUGCCAACUCUCUGAACUCAAGGACUGAAGCCCGUGUUGAAAAUAACGUAGACUACUGGGGUGCUGACAUCAGGAACUUCCGAAGCAAGGGUCUCCGAGAUUGUUACAACAACUGUAGAAAACAGAAAGGUUGUGCCUCUUUCACAAUGCGCAAGAGAGACAGUUACUGUUGGUUGAAGAAGAAACACAACGGAGCCAGGAGGUUGACCAAUAAAAGACAUCUCUUGAGUGCUAACAUGGUUCUAGCAAAACGUACUGGCAAUGCCAACUCUCUGAACUCAAGGACUGAAGCCCGUGUUGAAAAUAACGUAGACUACUGGGGUGCUGACAUCAGGAACUUCCGAAGCAAGGGUCUCCGAGAUUGUUACAACAACUGUAGAAAACAGAAAGGUUGUGCCUCUUUCACAAUGCGCAAGAGAGACAGUUACUGUUGGUUGAAGAAGAAACACAACGGAGCCAGGAGGUUGACCAAUAAAAGACAUCUCUUAAGUGCUAACAUGGUUCUAGCAAAACGUACUGGCAAUGCCAACUCUCUGAACUCAAGGACUGAAGCCCGUGUUGAAAAUAACGUAGACUACUGGGGUGCUGACAUCAGGAACUUCCGAAGCAAGGGUCUCCGAGAUUGUUACAACAACUGUAGAAAACAGAAAGGUUGUGCCUCUUUCACAAUGCGCAAGAGAGACAGUUACUGUUGGUUGAAGAAGAAACACAACGGAGCCAGGAGGUUGACCAAUAAAAGACAUCUCUUGAGUGCUAACAUGGUUCUAGCAAAACGUACUGGCAAUGCCAACUCUCUGAACUCAAGGACUGAAGCCCGUGUUGAAAAUAACGUAGACUACUGGGGUGCUGACAUCAGGAACUUCCGAAGCAAGGGUCUCCGAGAUUGUUACAACAACUGUAGAAAACAGAAAGGUUGUGCCUCUUUCACAAUGCGCAAGAGAGACAGUUACUGUUGGUUGAAGAAGAAACACAACGGAGCUAGGAGGUUGACCAAUAAAAGACAUCUCUUGAGUGCUAACAUGGUUCUAGCAAAACGUACUGGCAAUGCCAACUCUCUGAACUCAAGGACUGAAGCCCGUGUUGAAAAUAACGUAGACUACUGGGGUGCUGACAUCAGGAGCUUCCGAAGCAAGGGUCUCAGAGAUUGUUACAACAACUGUAGAAAACAGAAAGGUUGCGCCUCUUUCACCAUGCGCAAGAAAGACAGUUACUGUUGGUUGAAGAAGAAACACAACGGAGCCAGGAGGUUGACCGGUAAAGGACAUCUCUUGAGUGCUAACAUGGUUCUAGCAAAACGUACUGGCAAUUCCAACUCUCUGAACUCAAAGACUGAAGCCCGUGUUGAAAAUAACGUAGACUACUGGGGUGCUGACAUCAGGAGCUUCCGAAGCAAGGGUCUCCGAGAUUGUUACAACAACUGUAGAAAACAGAAAGGUUGCGCCUCUUUCACAAUGCGUAAGAAAGACAGUUACUGUUGGUUGAAGAAGAAACACAACGGAGCCAGGAGGAAGACCGGUAAAGGACAUCUCUUGAGUGCUAACAUGGUUCUAGCAAAACGUACUGGCAAUGCCAACUCUCUGAACUCAAAGACUGAAGCCCGUGUUGAAAAUAACGUAGACUACUGGGGUGCUGACAUCAGGAGCUUCCGAAGCAAGGGUCUCCGAGAUUGUUACAACAACUGUAGAAAACAGAAAGGUUGCGCCUCUUUCACAAUGCGCAAGAAAGACAGUUACUGUUGGUUGAAGAAGAAACACAACGGAGCCAGGAGGUUGACCGGUAAAGGACAUCUCUUGAGUGCUAACAUGGUUCUAGCAAAACGUACUGGCAAUGCCAACUCUCUGAACUCAAAGACUGAAGCCCGUGUUGAAAAUAACGUAGACUACUGGGGUGCUGACAUCAGGAGCUUCCGAAGCAAGGGUCUCCGAGAUUGUUACAACAACUGUAGAAAACAGAAAGGUUGCGCCUCUUUCACAAUGCGCAAGAAAGACAGUUACUGUUGGUUGAAGAAGAAACACAACGGAGCCAGGAGGUUGACCGGUAAAGGACAUCUCUUGAGUGCUAACAUGGUUCUAGCAAAACGUACUGGCAAUUCCAACUCUCUGAACUCAAAGACUGAAGCCCGUGUUGAAAAUAACGUAGACUACUGGGGUGCUGACAUCAGGAGCUUCCGAAGCAAGGGUCUCCGAGAUUGUUACAACAACUGUAGAAAACAGAAAGGUUGCGCCUCUUUCACAAUGCGUAAGAAAGACAGUUACUGUUGGUUGAAGAAGAAACACAACGGAGCCAGGAGGAAGACCGGUAAAGGACAUCUCUUGAGUGCUAACAUGGUUCUAGCAAAACGUACUGGCAAUGCCAACUCUCUGAACUCAAGGACUGAAGCCCGUGUUGAAAAUAACGUAGACUACUGGGGUGCUGACAUCAGGAGCUUCCGAAGCAAGGGUCUCCGAGAUUGUUACAACAACUGUAGAAAACAGAAAGGUUGCGCCUCUUUCACAAUGCGCAAGAAAGAAAGUUACUGUUGGUUGAAGAAGAAACACAACGGAGCCAGGAGGUUGACCGGUAAAGGACAUCUCUUGAGUGCUAACAUGGUUCUAGCAAAACGUACUGGCAAUGCCAACUCUCUGAACUCAAGGACUGAAGCCCGUGUUGAAAAUAACGUAGACUACUGGGGUGCUGACAUCAGGAGCUUCCGAAGCAAGGGUCUCCGAGAUUGUUACAACAACUGUAGAAAACAGAAAGGUUGCGCCUCUUUCACAAUGCGCAAGAAAGACAGUUACUGUUGGUUGAAGAAGAAACACAACGGAGCCAGGAGGUUGACCGGUAAAGGACAUCUCUUGAGUGCUAACAUGGUUCUAGCAAAACGUACUGGCAAUGCCAACUCUCUGAACUCAAAGACUGAAGCCCGUGUUGAAAAUAACGUAGACUACUGGGGUGCUGACAUCAGGAGCUUCCGAAGCAAGGGUCUCCGAGAUUGUUACAACAACUGUAGAAAACAGAAAGGUUGCGCCUCUUUCACAAUGCGCAAGAAAGACAGUUACUGUUGGUUGAAGAAGAAACACAACGGAGCCAGGAGGUUGACCGGUAAAGGACAUCUCUUGAGUGCUAACAUGGUUCUAGCAAAACGUACUGGCAAUGCCAACUCUCUGAACUCAAAGACUGAAGCCCGUGUUGAAAAUAACGUAGACUACUGGGGUGCUGACAUCAGGAGCUUCCGAAGCAAGGGUCUCCGAGAUUGUUACAACAACUGUAGAAAACAGAAAGGUUGCGCCUCUUUCACAAUGCGCAAGAAAGACAGUUACUGUUGGUUGAAGAAGAAACACAACGGAGCCAGGAGGUUGACCGGUAAAGGACAUCUCUUGAGUGCUAACAUGGUUCUAGCAAAACGUACUGGCAAUGCCAACUCUCUGAACUCAAAGACUGAAGCCCGUGUUGAAAAUAACGUAGACUACUGGGGUGCUGACAUCAGGAGCUUCCGAAGCAAGGGUCUCCGAGAUUGUUACAACAACUGUAGAAAACAGAAAGGUUGCGCCUCUUUCACAAUGCGUAAGAAAGACAGUUACUGUUGGUUGAAGAAGAAACACAACGGAGCCAGGAGGAAGACCGGUAAAGGACAUCUCUUGAGUGCUAACAUGGUUCUAGCAAAACUUACUGGCAAUGCCAACUCUCUGAACUCAAAGACUGAAGCCCGUGUUGAAAAUAACGUAGACUACUGGGGUGCUGACAUCAGGAGCUUCCGAAGCAAGGGUCUCCGAGAUUGUUACAACAACUGUAGAAAACAGAAAGGUUGCGCCUCUUUCACAAUGCGCAAGAAAGACAGUUACUGUUGGUUGAAGAAGAAACACAACGGAGCCAGGAGGUUGACCGGUAAAGGACAUCUCUUGAGUGCUAACAUGGUUCUAGCAAAACGUACUGGCAAUUCCAACUCUCUAAACUCAAAGACUGAAGCCCGUGUUGAAAAUAACGUAGACUACUGGGGUGCUGACAUCAGGAGCUUCCGAAGCAAGGGUCUCCGAGAUUGUUACAACAACUGUAGAAAACAGAAAGGUUGCGCCUCUUUCACAAUGCGUAAGAAAGACAGUUACUGUUGGUUGAAGAAGAAACACAACGGAGCCAGGAGGAAGACCGGUAAAGGACAUCUCUUGAGUGCUAACAUGGUUCUAGCAAAACGUACUGGCAAUGCCAACUCUCUGAACUCAAAGACUGAAGCCCGUGUUGAAAAUAACGUAGACUACUGGGGUGCUGACAUCAGGAGCUUCCGAAGCAAGGGUCUCCGAGAUUGUUACAACAACUGUAGAAAACAGAAAGGUUGCGCUUCUUUCACAAUGCGCAAGAAAGACAGUUACUGUUGGUUGAAGAAGAAACACAACGGAGCCAGGAGGUUGACCGGUAAAGGACAUCUCUUGAGUGCUAACAUGGUUCUAGCAAAACGUACUGGCAAUGCCAACUCUCUGAGCUCAAGGACUGAAGCCCGUGUUGAAAAUAACGUAGACUACUGGGGUGCUGACAUCAGGAGCUUCCGAAGCAAGGGUCUCCGAGAUUGUUACAACAACUGUAGAAAACAGAAAGGUUGCGCCUCUUUCACAAUGCGUAAGAAAGACAGUUACUGUUGGUUGAAGAAGAAACACAACGGAGCCAGGAGGAAGACCGGUAAAGGACAUCUCUUGAGUGCUAACAUGGUUCUAGCAAAACUUACUGGCAAUGCCAACUCUCUGAACUCAAAGACUGAAGCCCGUGUUGAAAAUAACGUAGACUACUGGGGUGCUGACAUCAGGAGCUUCCGAAGCAAGGGUCUCCGAGAUUGUUACAACAACUGUAGAAAACAGAAAGGUUGCGCCUCUUUCACAAUGCGCAAGAAAGACAGUUACUGUUGGUUGAAGAAGAAACACAACGGAGCCAGGAGGUUGACCGGUAAAGGACAUCUCUUGAGUGCUAACAUGGUUCUAGCAAAACGUACUGGCAAUUCCAACUCUCUAAACUCAAAGACUGAAGCCCGUGUUGAAAAUAACGUAGACUACUGGGGUGCUGACAUCAGGAGCUUCCGAAGCAAGGGUCUCCGAGAUUGUUACAACAACUGUAGAAAACAGAAAGGUUGCGCUUCUUUCACAAUGCGCAAGAAAGACAGUUACUGUUGGUUGAAGAAGAAACACAACGGAGCCAGGAGGAAGACCGGUAAAGGACAUCUCUUGAGUGCUAACAUGGUUCUAGCAAAACGUACUGGCAAUGCCAACUCUCUGAACUCAAAGACUGAAGCCCGUGUUGAAAAUAACGUAGACUACUGGGGUGCUGACAUCAGGAGCUUCCGAAGCAAGGGUCUCCGAGAUUGUUACAACAACUGUAGAAAACAGAAAGGUUGCGCCUCUUUCACAAUGCGCAAGAAAGACAGUUACUGUUGGUUGAAGAAGAAACACAACGGAGCCAGGAGGAAGACCGGUAAAGGACAUCUCUUGAGUGCUAACAUGGUUCUAGCAAAACGUACUGGCAAUGCCAACUCUCUGAACUCAAAGACUGAAGCCCGUGUUGAAAAUAACGUAGACUACUGGGGUGCUGACAUCAGGAGCUUCCGAAGCAAGGGUCUCCGAGAUUGUUACAACAACUGUAGAAAACAGAAAGGUUGCGCCUCUUUCACAAUGCGCAAGAAAGACAGUUACUGUUGGUUGAAGAAGAAACACAACGGAGCCAGGAGGUUGACCGGUAAAGGACAUCUCUUGAGUGCUAACAUGGUUCUAGCAAAACGUACUGGCAAUUCCAACUCUCUGAACUCAAAGACUGAAGCCCGUGUUGAAAAUAACGUAGACUACUGGGGUGCUGACAUCAGGAGCUUCCGAAGCAAGGGUCUCCGAGAUUGUUACAACAACUGUAGAAAACAGAAAGGUUGCGCCUCUUUCACAAUGCGUAAGAAAGACAGUUACUGUUGGUUGAAGAAGAAACACAACGGAGCCAGGAGGUUGACCGGUAAAGGACAUCUCUUGAGUGCUAACAUGGUUCUAGCAAAACGUACUGGCAAUGCCAACUCUCUGAACUCAAAGACUGAAGCCCGUGUUGAAAAUAACGUAGACUACUGGGGUGCUGACAUCAGGAGCUUCCGAAGCAAGGGUCUCCGAGAUUGUUACAACAACUGUAGAAAACAGAAAGGUUGCGCCUCUUUCACAAUGCGUAAGAAAGACAGUUACUGUUGGUUGAAGAAGAAACACAACGGAGCCAGGAGGUUGACCGGUAAAGGACAUCUCUUGAGUGCUAACAUGGUUCUAGCAAAACGUACUGGCAAUUCCAACUCUCUGAACUCAAAGACUGAAGCCCGUGUUGAAAAUAACGUAGACUACUGGGGUGCUGACAUCAGGAGCUUCCGAAGCAAGGGUCUCCGAGAUUGUUACAACAACUGUAGAAAACAGAAAGGUUGCGCCUCUUUCACAAUGCGCAAGAAAGACAGUUACUGUUGGUUGAAGAAGAAACACAACGGAGCCAGGAGGAAGACCGGUAAAGGACAUCUCUUGAGUGCUAACAUGGUUCUAGCAAAACGUACUGGCAAUUCCAACUCUCUGAACUCAAAGACUGAAGCCCGUGUUGAAAAUAACGUAGACUACUGGGGUGCUGACAUCAGGAGCUUCCGAAGCAAGGGUCUCCGAGAUUGUUACAACAACUGUAGAAAACAGAAAGGUUGCGCCUCUUUCACAAUGCGUAAGAAAGACAGUUACUGUUGGUUGAAGAAGAAACACAACGGAGCCAGGAGGAUGACCGGUAAAGGACAUCUCUUGAGUGCUAACAUGGUUCUAGCAAAACGUACUGGCAAUGCCAACUCUCUGAACUCAAAGACUGAAGCCCGUGUUGAAAAUAACGUAGACUACUGGGGUGCUGACAUCAGGAGCUUCCGAAGCAAGGGUCUCCGAGAUUGUUACAACAACUGUAGAAAACAGAAAGGUUGCGCCUCUUUCACAAUGCGUAAGAAAGACAGUUACUGUUGGUUGAAGAAGAAACACAACGGAGCCAGGAGGUUGACCGGUAAAGGACAUCUCUUGAGUGCUAACAUGGUUCUAGCAAAACGUACUGGCAAUUCCAACUCUCUGAACUCAAAGACUGAAGCCCGUGUUGAAAAUAACGUAGACUACUGGGGUGCUGACAUCAGGAGCUUCCGAAGCAAGGGUCUCCGAGAUUGUUACAACAACUGUAGAAAACAGAAAGGUUGCGCCUCUUUCACAAUGCGUAAGAAAGACAGUUACUGUUGGUUGAAGAAGAAACACAACGGAGCCAGGAGGAAGACCGGUAAAGGACAUCUCUUGAGUGCUAACAUGGUUCUAGCAAAACGUACUGGCAAUUCCAACUCUCUGAACUCAAAGACUGAAGCCCGUGUUGAAAAUAACGUAGACUACUGGGGUGCUGACAUCAGGAGCUUCCGAAGCAAGGGUCUCCGAGAUUGUUACAACAACUGUAGAAAACAGAAAGGUUGCGCUUCUUUCACAAUGCGCAAGAAAGACAGUUACUGUUGGUUGAAGAAGAAACACAACGGAGCCAAAAGGAAGACCGGUAAAGGACAUCUUUUGAGUGCUAACAUGGUCCUUAAACGAGGUAAGAACAGAUUUUGA